AAUAAACUCUCUCUGCUGCUAUAACGUCCCUGGAACUCACUGAGACAAACUUCUUCACUCUUAGGCCACACGACAGACUCCAGCAGUACCACAAUGUCUCUCAUCCAAGCUUUCAUGCAGCAGACUGUCUAUAUGGGCAUGCCCGAUGACUCAGUCCUAUCCAAGGAGGGAACAGUGACUGCAGCAACCAACUUCAGCGCCCAGGGAGAUGCAGCAGUUCUGGAUAAGGCCAUCAAGGCAAAAGGUGUGGAUGAGAACACCAUCAUUGAAAUUCUGGUGAAGAGGAGCAACCAGCAGAGACAGCAGAUUAAAGAGGCCUACCAGCAAGCCAGCGGCAAGCCUCUGGAUGCAGCACUGAAAAGCGCUCUGAAGGGAGACCUGGAGGAUGUGGUGUUGGCUCUGCUGAAAACACCGGCCCAGUACGAUGCCUACCUGCUGAAAAAGGGCAUGAAGGGUCUUGGCACGGACGAGGAGGUCCUUAUAGAGAUUUUGGCUUCCAGAACCAACAGGCAGAUCACCGAUAUCAAGCAAGCCUACAAGGAAGAUUACAAGAAGGACCUGGAGAGCGACAUCAAGGGUGAUACCAGUGGAGAGUUCAAGACAGCCCUCCUGGAACUCUGCAAGGCCGGCAGGACUGAAGGAGUUUGUGAGCAGAUGAUUGACAACGAUGCCAGGGCUCUGUACGAGGCCGGGGAGGGCAGGAAGGGCAAAGACUGCUCCACCUUCAUUGAGGUUCUCUGCACCAGGAGUGGCGCUCAUCUCCGUAAAGUAUUUGAGAGGUACGCAAAGUACAGCAAAGUGGACAUGGCCAAAGUCAUCGACCUGGAGAUGAAGGGAGACAUUGAAAGACUUCUCACAGCAGUAGUGAAAUGUGCUGGAAGCCGGCCUGCGUUCUUUGCAGAGAAGCUCUACUUGUCCAUGAAGGGUGAUGGUACCCGCAAGGAAAAACUGACCCGUGUCAUGGUGAGCCGCUCUGAAAUCGACAUGAAGCUGAUCAAACAGGAGUACAAGAAAAACUACCAAACAUCACUUUAUCGGGCUAUUCUGGAUGAUACUAAAGGAGACUAUGAGAAGAUUCUGCUUGCUCUCUGUGGGGGUGAAAACUAAUAGCCGAUCAAUGCGAUCAAGUAUCGACUGAAGAUCCAGCAGCGAGCCCAGCUGUGGAAACUCACCUAUAAUCUCUAGACACAUAUUGUGCCCUAUGCUCUUGUGGAGAAUUGACAACAAGGCUGUCUUUCUUUGUCACUGUCAUGCCAUUUAGGAGAUAUUAACAGCAAAGCGCAAAGAUUAACAUGGAAUCAGCACUGCUUCAGCAGAUAUGUGUUCUCCAAGUUACUCCUUUUUAUUCCAACACUUUAUCUUAGAUCUGACAGCAGUGUACCAGUGGUCCAAUGCAUUACACCCAUUAGAUUCUCAUACUUAGUGCUCAAAGAGAGGCUGAAGUCGGUGAUCACAGUCAGCUGCUAGCAAGAGUAUGCAGAUUACAAUGUGCCAAUCAUAUUCAGUGCCAGCAGUAGGUUUACAGUUGAAGGAACUUGGACAGCUUGCAAAUAAAAGCUUUUUGUAUGAACGCC